UCGAAACAGAUAGUGGACUCUAAAGGGCUCCGCGUAAUUUGAAGAGUAGAACUACUGUUUACCUCAGAUUUCCUCUCAGAAGAUCCCAGUGAUAAAAAUUUUUGAGUUAUUUAACAUUUUUAAAGCCAUUUAUGAACAUGGCCUCUACUCCUGUGAAGACGUCGAUUGGAUGCAUGGAAUUUGGACGGCAAUGUACUUUCGAUCAGUCCAAAGAGUUUGUAGAAAUCUGUAUGAAAAAUGAUGUGUACGAUUUCGACACAGCUUACAUGUAUGCUGGAGGGAAGAGUGAAGAAUUUAUGGGAGAAAUGGACAUUCUUAAAGAUCCCAAGGUAUUUCUUGCUACAAAGGCUAAUCCAUGGAGUGAUAAAGGCUUGAAGUAUGACAGAGUCAUUGAGCAGAUGAAUGAAUCUCUUAAAAGACUUAAAAGAGACUCUGUGGACCUCUUUUACCUCCAUGCACCAGAUCAUAACACACCCAUUGAGGAGACACUUGAAGCUGUCAAUCAACUUUACAAAGAGGGAAAAUUCAAAACUUUUGGUCUUUCCAAUUAUGCUUCAUGGGAAGUGGCAGAGAUUUAUUACCUGUGCAAGAUGAACAACUAUCCAUUACCUAAAGUGUAUCAAGGAAUGUACAAUCCUGUUACAAGGGAUGUUGAAAGAGAACUCUUUCCUUGCCUGAGAAGACUUGGAAUGUCGUUCUAUGCGUACAACCCACUCGCAGGUGGACUAUUGACAGGGAAACAUCGAUACGAAGACAGAGAAAACGGAACUAUUCAGCAUGGCCGUUAUGGAGGCACGGGCCCGUGGGCCAAAAUUUCACUCGUCGUUUCCUUCUACGUGAAGCGUUUUUGGAAGAAGCCGUUCUUUGAUUUACUUGACAAACUCAGAACGACACUGGAUCGUAUUUAUGGUGAAGGAAAAGUGACUUUGAUUGACGCAUCUCUCAGAUGGAUGUACCAUCACUCAAAGAUGGACGGUGCUUGUGGAGAUGCUGUUAUUAUUGGUGCUUCGUCUGUGAAACAUUUGGAAGAAAAUCUUAAGAGUGCUAAACAUGGUCCCAUACAUGAAGAUGUGGUCGCAUUAUUCGAAGAGGCCUGGGGCCAAAUUAAGGGCGACUGUCCUUACUAUUUCCGCUGAAGUGACCAACUGAGGGCUCAUCCGGGAAGAGUUUCUUCAAAGGAACGUUAUGGCGAGAGGUUCUGAUCUUGACAAGGACUGAGUAGAAAUAAAAUUUAUUAGAUAAAAGCUACUUAACUUUGUUGCAUAGGAGAGAUACAUCUCUGUCCUCAACUGCUUUCUUUUUAGCCCAAAUAUGUCACGAACAUGUUCGGUUAAAGAUUAAAACUCCACGUUAGAAGUUUUCCCUGUGUUUGAUUGGAUAGUAAUGCCUCAAGUUGGUUAUGCAUUAUUGUAAAAGGUUUUCCUAUUUUGCACGAAUUUAAAGGUUUGUUCGACUUCACGUGUCUAACUGAAAACAAGCUCUCCCCUGGGUUGCGGUCUUCCUACUCGCUUAAAACUGGCAAGAAGAGCCUGCUCGGAGGUUUCUUGUGGCAAGGUGCUUAUGCAAUUGUUUGCAAUUUAGAAGUGAAGAAUUGCCCAACGAAUACGUACACCAAAAACACUUCGAAACUCUAAUUUGUUAUACUGAGGUUCAACCAUGUAAGCUUCGCGAGGAUUCUCUACCAAGCUGGCAUCUAUUUUUACUGAGCUUGAGUCAAUUGUGAAAAGAACAUUUAUGCAGUAGAACAAAAUCUUAACUAACAAAGAAAGAGGAGGCUGAAUCAGACAUUUCGAAAAC